AUGCCAGAGUACAUCUACAGCUACCACGAUCACGACUCUCUGUUGGAAAACCGGAUUGACGAAGGCCUCACUGACUCCGAACGUGCAGAUGCCUGGCGUGAGUACGAGGAGGAGAAGCAGUUGGGGCGCUCUUACCUUGACUACCAACAGAGACUGUUCUUUAUCAACCAACAACAGCAACAACAGCAGCAGCAGCUAAUGAUGGCCGCUAAUCUCUUGGCGGCCCAGGCGAACAAUGGGUUGUUCAUGUCGCCGCCGGUAGCCAACAUGAACCCCUCCCUGGGCCCAAUCAGGUCCUUCCCAGUGCCUCCGCAUCCCAACACCGGUUUUGGCGUUGGUUCGCGGAUGGUCCACCGGCCGGUGUCCCUCAAUCCAGCCUCCAUUCCGUCCAACUCCUAUACAGUAACGUCACAGACCUCGGCAAAUCCCAUGCUUCCAUCACCGGCCGUCCCCCGUCAGACGUUUCCUCCUCUGCAGAACAGCCAUCCACGCCCCCAGCCAGUAACAGGUAGGCAGAUGUUCGACCCACCCCCAGCCCUCCCGCUUUUUAAGACAAGUUCCUCUCAUACUCUGCUUUGUACCUUAUUGCUGUGCUAUUAGUAUGCUUGGACGUCUUGUCAUGCUCCACCGUAGCCUGUCUACGAGACCGGUUUUCCUCUUUUUGUGGGAAGUGGUACCUCAACACACCGUCGGAGGCCUAACCGAAUAUACACACUCCUGUUCGCGAUCGAGGUCAUUUUGCGAGCGACUUAAGGGGAUCACACAAUAGGAGCACGUGGGACACUUGUUGUCGCGCAUGUAGCAGUCACCUAUACCAUCAGCCAAUUGCUUUAUUGUCCUGCGAGCUUUGUGUUACGUCUGAGGAGUGCUGGAAUUGCACAUUUUGCCUUAGUCGCCACUACAAGGGAGUCUACUGUAUGGGAUAAACUAAUGAAGUAGGUAACUUAAGAAGACGAAGCUGAGUGCCGGGCCAGGUCAGGCGUGAUCCCUGAAAUUGCCGGUUAGAAAGUCACGUACCUCGCCGAUCACGGGGCUAAGUAACGUUUCCGUGCAGUACUUCUCACAUCUUCGCCACAUCUUGAACGACCUUACGAGUGCCGGCGUAGGUUAUAGAGGUUUUACACCUGCACCUGAGUGUUGCCAACUGGUACUGCUUCGACACCUAGUUUCGCUGUAUUUUGAGAUUUUUAAGGUUUCGAGACAAAAAAGUCGCUUCCUGACCCCACAGCCUCAACGGUUAAUCCAGAGAAGACCCUUUUACGUCACGCUCAUCCACAUUGUUAGCAACCUGAAAGUUGCUCUAGGUCAAACCGUGUCACUGCUGCUUCAGAUUGUUGCGCCUACCACUAUCCUAACCAAGCGUCCUCAUCCAUGGGAGUUUGUCCUGUUUCUGUGGGACACGCUUGCAGGAAUAGAUUGCUACUUGAUAUCGUACUGUAAUUUGUGAUUUUGCCCCACAGGUCCAUCCUUUUCCCUGUCAAACUUGGUUUUUUGUCUAUAAAGUCUCGUUUUGUUGUGCACGAUGCACUACUGACUCAGCGCACGAAUAGUUGGCUGACGGGCAGUCAAUUGGUGGAUUUGCGAGGGAGGAGAGUCUGCGACCGACACUGGGGACUCCAUUACAACGUGCCAAGAGUCGUGACUUGGAAGGCUUUCAACUGACAGGAUAAUUGGGCCCCUAUGCGGGCUACUUCAGAGUGACUAGAGGACUGCGGGAUUAGGCCGCAAUGGACCCUUAUUAAUGUGGCCUUCAUGCCACUUAUGCACGUUAGAUCCCUGUCGCUCUCGCAAAAUCUUGGUACAUGUAAUGGAGACCAGUUCGUGUGGGGCACGCGUAGGCGGGCUGUUUAGCUUUGUCAGCCUUUGCGCCUGACCUCCCCCCUCCCGCCGGUCGUCUGGAGGGUGAAUUGCAAUCGUAGCAAAGCGGACGAGAGAGGGGACAGUUCGCUAUAUUCUCCGUGCAAGUCACCGGCGCAGCGCCCACUCCCUGGGGCACGCGGUGAAAAUUGUCGCAUGUGACGAACUGUCGUUUCUGCCUGUGUAUGAGGCAUUUGCGCAGUGGUUCACCCUUUUGAGACCGCAUCUCAUUACACAAAAACAGGCCUUUUUGUCGAAAAUUCAUUAUCUUCUGGGUCGUGUCCAUCGAUUUCUGCCUAUGAGAUGUUCAUCCCUGGGCGCUCAAUCGAAAAUGACCUCAUCGCAGCACAAAGUUGCUGGAGAUGCAUGAAAGAGCGGCCGGUAGCCUCGCUCUAACCAAAGACGAGAUGCAGGAGUGGCGCUGGUAUUUUUUGUUACUAUUUCUUUCUCUACUUGGGGGAAAAAUGACCCAGCUGUGCCCCCAUUGCAUUGGUCAUGCCUGUGUUACACCAGAAGAGGGCCUUUUAGAAAAGGACUUCACGCAGUAUCCAGUCAGUCAAUUAUGAAGAAGUGUCUUGCCCUUGGGAGGUUUUUUGCUUGAUGUAUUUUCUUCGCAACAGUCGGUGGACAAAGUUUGCUAAUAGAAGCGAACAGGCGAGUUCCAGGAGGUAGUCGCGGAGAAGGAGACCCGAUCGCUGGAACAAGUGUUUUAUUAGCCUGACAUUUCGGAUUCUCGCUCGAACCCAUCACCAGACUGUCUGUCCGACUCUGUCUCUGAUGAUGGAUUCGAGUGAGAACCCGAAUCUCCUUCUCGGCGAGUGUAUGAAGUCCCUUCCACUGUCAGUCGUCUACAAACGCGAUGUGUAACCGUCGUGUUUUAACCAAGCGGGCAGGCCUCUUCCUCCCCGGUUCGCUAACUGUCCGUAGGUGCCCAUAGGUUGCCUAAGGACGAAGAUACUUGUCACUUGGAUAAAUUGACAACUACAAUUGCUGCUCUAGGUGACCAUUUCACCUUUUGCCCCAAGCCACAUCUACGGUUGCAUGAAGCCUUGCUGCGUGUGGCAGGCGCACCUAGAUGAACGUCUUUGGUUUGUGGGCCAAGCUACCUGAGAGUAGCUUUUGUGGUUCUCCGACGCCAGUAAGGUGUGUGGAACCCCGCCAACCGUGUUAAGAACAUGAGUAGGCCGGGGUUGGCCUCCAAGUCAACCCACUGUGCCUAAGUCCCUCUCCAAGCACUUUUACCUAGCGUUGUUAGUGGUACACAGUAGGUGCGGGAACAGAAGUUCAAGCCCCUCCCCCUGCACAUAACCAUGUUUGCACGAAUCCCCCGGAUAGUGACGACGUGCGUCGUGCUUGACGGACGAACUUUUGGGAGUUCGUGCGCAGCAAACGUGCUCCGCUCUGCAGUCAGUCGAGACUGCUUCGAUCUCCCUCUGCAUGAGUGGGUGUCCAAUGAACCGUCUGAGCUUCUCGACACGUGGAGACCCAGUACUCCUUGAACUCUCUUCUACCUACUCUUCCUCUUUGCGUUCUUUCAUCUUUCAACUACUGACUGUACAUACUUCAGGCUACCGCGCACGCCCUUUCAAAGUCGUCCGAACCCCCGCCAAUUCUGGUAAUACCCUAAUGCAAUCCCUUCCUCCCCCCUUCCACGCCGUUCUGCCUUUGCUUGGCGCUCGCAUAGCUAGUUUGUGUCCUCUGCUGUUGCCUGCCUCUUGUUUGUCCGAGGCUCUUUGAUGUUGGCCAUUUAGCCGGCUGACGGUCGGCGAGCCAUCGCUAUUCGCUAGCUCGGUUGAGUGAACUUUUUUCCAUUUUUCGACUAGAAGAACUGUCGAUGAGCAGGACACUGCCCUUCUCAUCGCGCCGCAAGACUGGGGUUCUUGCAUGAAAGUUGUCACUGUCGAUAAAUGUCCUAAUCCUGGACGCGCGCCUUCUGCUCUGUCUGGCUCAUUCUUAAUUAGAGAGUCCCCUACGACGGUGAACUUGCUGCUGUCACACUAGUAGCUCUACGCCAUGCUGCGCGAAUACCUUGCAGGUAACUCAUGUCGUACUUUGUGAGGAUAACCACUACCUGCUACUUCCUCGUCACCGCCCGAUCUACGUGCCGAACUCCAGUCUGCACGGUGGCGACCGAAGGCCUUUUUGGUCUCACCACCAACUUCAGCAAUAAACAAGUGUGUGAGGUUAGGGCUAGAGCCGUCCUGCUUCACAGUCGCGAAACGCCCUCUAGGUGGCAUUUACUCGAGGGUGAUUCCAGUGUUCACCAUCUGUGGUUGGCUCCCGUGGAGUAGUAUCACUUCUUCGGCUAACAAAUCAUGUUUGAAAUGCGAAACGGCACCGUCAGUUCGGGGCCCCAUCGAAGACGUCAGUACUUGUCCCAGUAUUGUCUGCGACAUACCGAUAGCGACCUCAAGGGUGAAGUAGACUGUUUUGCUGGAGGAAAAAAACUUAUCUACUUUGCUCUUCUAGAGCAGUUUAGGUCUUGCUGUGGCGAAACGGACCUGUUUUGCAUGAACAAACCUGACCGGCUGUUCUCAAAUUGGCGGAAGUCUCUGUCUCUGCUUGCUAGAGCUAUCCUCAAAAUUGGAAUAGUUCGGCAGAAGCACAUUAUUCAGAUUGGCAAAAUUGAGAGAUCGGGGUUGAUGAUUUGAAGAAAAAGAUGGGCUCACCGGAACCGGUUUGUUUAUGUGCUGACGUUUCGAAGAGCUUGGUCGGCUCCCCAUUGUCAAAGCGGAAAAUUCACUCAAUUGACCAGCAAUUUCAAGUGGCAUGUCAUGUUGUUCGGUCUCAUGCCGAUCGAUUUUCCUCUUCUCUCGUUGCCUCGGCCUCUCGGGGGAUGGUUGGCGGGAGUUUUAUCUGUGUGCCUUGUGAGUCACCGCUUCGUCGGAGGUGAUUGAACCUUCGUCGGGUGAUCAUUCCGGUGAUUCUUCUUCCUCGCCGUCGGCCCGUCCAUGUAUGGCCUUCUUAAGCCCACUGGGGUUACUUGAUCCUGAGCUCUACGGACGUGUUGAGGGGGGACUUUGUAAGCUGCAGGAAGGUCCAUAUGCUUGUUGAUGGAGUUGAUAUCAGAGUACCAAGCCUCGAGUGUUAGCCGUUCUGCCUUUGUGUUGCCCCCGCUUAAGAUGGUAGCUCUCUGGGGAUCGAAAGUAUGCCCCGUUUAUCCUACGUGUGUUGCUCGUUGAGAGUUAGGGUCUAACCUCCGAGUGGCCGAUUUGUGCUCUUGUAGGCAAGUCUGCAAUUACCGUCCGGUCGCGCUCAUUGGAAUUUAUUUCGUAGAUGACUACUGAGGUUUCGGCGGGUGGCAGUGGGUCCUUAGGUUGCAUCAGACGACGUCGAAUUGUUGCCUGUACUCGAUGGGCUAUGCCUGCUCUGGUGGGUUGAAAGAGUCAAGAGUCAGGGACCCCCUUAACGUGGGGAAUGACUCUUCAGACUUCGGGUUGCCGUUCAUCUGACCGUCGUCUGUGCUCCCGACGUCUGCUUCUCUCGAUGAAAUGUCUGGGAUAACCAUUGGCUGCAAAUGGGUUCUGAAGGUAUAAUCUUUCAGCUCUUUUAUCUUCUUCCUUGUUGCAGUGUGUUUCGACUCUGGAAUAGAGUGCGGACACAGUUACGUUUUUGAGACAGAGGAUGGUUGCUGUUGAAGUGUAAGUUCUGUCCCGUGUCGGUGGAUUUUCGGAAUACUGUGGUUUGAAGUUGUCCAGUUGUACACCGGCGCACGAGCUUGUCGAGGAAGGGUAUAUUGUUAUUUGUUUCUGCUUCCAUCGAUGUAGACCGAUGUUGAGCGACAGUGGUGCCUUCUAAGAAAACGCCUUGGCGCUAGGCCACCUGUAUUGCGGGGAUGGUUCACACCAGCUAGACAAAUACUGCCGAGGGCCUAGUCAGCGGUCGCAUAACACGCACCGCACUGGUGCGUCGAAAUGCGAGGUUUGUCAAACCAACCGGAGUCUGGUUUCACCUCACCUUAGUUCCAGUUCACUGAUAGGGAAUAAUCUUGCGGUGUAUUCGUGUUCGUGUUUUGUCCCCGAUCUAGGUCAAGGUUCGAAUGUUUUGACACUUGCCGGCUAAGGGAAGAAGCUUGAAGUAAAUUUUUACAAUUGGAACUUUCUUUCAUACUAAAUAGGAUUUUUUCGGAAGCUUAACGCUGAUUUUGAUAAAUGUCCACGGACACCUGUUAGAGCACCGACCAAAAUGUACGACCCCAUGUAAUCUAUCACAGUGUGUAUAUGAAAACCCUAUGGAUUUUUGUAUUUUAUGUCUGUACAGCAUCUUUUUGAUUCACCCUCCUCGACCGCCAAGAAUUACACUUUUGUGUCAGCAGAGACAGGCCUUCCUUACCAAUCGGUAAAAACUACCGGCAGAGGCAUUGAAGGCUGCGACGGCCGUUUCUGGCCUGUUUGUCGUCACCAGCUAGCCACGGACCUGCCUUGACCUGAAAUCCGAGUCGUUAUGGGAGUUAGUAUUUGGACACUUUAAAGUCAUGUGGUUCUGCCACCUGACCCGCUGGGCUCACCUGCCGACUGCGAUGGGCAACGCUCAAGGUUGCACCGAAUUGACGUUCACUUAUAUGCCCUCCAGGGUGAAACAGAAUCUCUCCCCUAACUAGGUCAACGUCAAAGCUUGUCAUUUUCCAAAAUAAAGUCUUUUCUUUCAGUUCUUCUGACGUCCCACUGAGCCCGUUUUUUGCUUGGCCUGUUUAUGUCUGCGUCUGUAUUUGUGUAUCUAUGCACACGUCUCCCCUAUGUACUUAUGUAUAUAUCUAUAUAGGGUACCGGUUGAUUGCACCACGGCCUCUUCGUGACCAGUCAAGUAAUUCAUGCGCACCAGCACAUCAGUGCGCGUGCGCCCACGCGUGUUGCUUUUGCGGUUUUCAUUCGUUUUUUGUUUUGUUUUUUCUCGCGUUUAUACACUCUUCUCACAAUAAGUCAACCGAACUGGGGUCAUGAGCCUUCCCUGCUUUUGUCCCCCAUACGUUAGCUACUUCUUUCCACCGUUUUACUCUAUCGGCUGUGGGCCUUUUUUUUCUCGUCGACAGUUCUCUUUGAUUCUCUCGCUUUUUUUCUGGUUGUGGCAUUGGGUUUUGUUUUUUUACUGACCCUGCUCCCCCUGCCCGCCUAACGGAUUCUUUCGUCGUGGUGGUUGUGUUCAUGGUUGCUUAACACAGCAGUCAGUGCUCCUGACUUCUAACUGUGCCUGCACUUUAAACAUGGGUGCGACUGGAGAAAUUCAAUUGGUCAGUACUGAUUCUGAUGCCAUCUACGCGUCUGCGUGGGUCGUCUUCUUGGCCGCAGUGUUGCCUGACACAGUCGUAAGCCGAUUUUAAGUGCAGACUUUCUGAUGGUACAGUUAGUCUGUAUAGCGCUGCCGCUGGUGACAGCUUCCUUUGUAUAUAAAGUUUCCAACGCCGGCGGGAAUACAGUGUCGCAACACUUAGAAUUGUCUAUUCCCCCACCAGCCUGUCUUACGGGCGUACUACUACUACUACUACUACCACUAAUACUACUACUACUACCACCACCACUACUACUACUACUGCUACUACUACCACUACUACCGCUGGUACUACUAAUACUACUACCACUGGCGGGAAUACAGUGUCGCAACACUGAAGAAAACUUUUUCCCCCGUCUACAACCACUGAUACGGCGAAUACUACUAAUAAUCCUACUAUUAGUACUACUACUACUACCACCGCCACCACGGCUGCCAAUGCUACUCUACCAACGCUUACAGUAUGGGUAACUAACUGCAAUAAUACUAGCAUCAGUAACGGAGUGUUGCGACACUGGUAUCCAACCCCAACGCCCUCUAAUCUCUCAUAACAUUUCGUCGUAGGACGGACAAGAGAAUACUAGGGUCCUCUAAAGUGAGCAGGUUACGUGAACAGCGUUUUUUUAAGCAUGGUCUGUGCUGUCACAAUCCUCGUUAACUGUCGUGAUGUGCAUAUAGGAGUAGCCGUGCAUUUGUAGAGAUCCCGUUGGUACCCCGAUCACUGAUUUUAACUAUCAGCUUGUCGUGGAUCUUACUACCAGUCUAACGUACAUUCUUCAUCUAUUGACGCGAUCUUGCCCUGAUGUUGACUGAUAGCUCCGCGUUCCUAGAUAUCAGUCCUGUCGUGACUGCACCGCGUGAUGUCCCCGUAACCCCCCUUAUCCAGUUGCUAACCUUCUCAGACUGCAUACGUUAUGCGCUGUUGUUGCUGCCUGUACAAUUCCCUCAUUCCUGCCGGCAGCAGCUGGAUGCUGUUCGCAUUUGACUUAAUCUACCCCUGUGCCUCUCUUGUUUUUUACUGUUUCUUUUUUUGUCCUUCCAGACUCGUACUCGGAGGCCUUUGUAAACAUCCGGAACAACCUGCUCCAGCAGUACCCCAUGCUAGCCAGGACCCCGGCUGCCCUGCAUGAUAUGAGCAUGCGACUUUUCCUGGCCACAAUGGACGCUACCACCCGUGGUCCAUACCCCGCGGCAGAAAAUAGGCCUCCAAGCGACGCUGGUGGUGCCCCUGUCGCUGAGACCCCUCCGGCACCCAAGAACUAG